GUAUCACCUGAGAUUUAUUUUGGAUUACAGCUGUAGCAAAAAAAUGAAAAUUCAAAAUUAAAAUAUGAAUAACUGAAACUUUCAAUAUUAUCUGUGAUUAGAACAAUCCAAAUUGAAUUAACUUAUUUUUAAUUUAAGUGGUAUGUCUUCUGGUAAAAACAAUGUUAGUCUUUUGCUACAAAGUCCCACACAAAAUACACCAUUGCUUCCAGAAUCUUCUUCUUCCACAGUUUAUUUUAGCAAUAAAGAAAAAACGAAAGAAACACCUCUGGUUAUAACCUACGGAAAUGGCAUUAAUGAUUCAUCAAAAGCAGUACUUGAUGGAUAUUCUCAAAACAGUGUUAAACCUCAAAAUUGCAAACCUUUUAUAUAUGAAAACAAAAUUUAUCAAUGUGAUACUGAUUCAGAAUCUCAAAGUGAUUUUGAUGCUAUGUCUAUAGUUAGCAGAUACCAUAGUGGCGAAAACUUGGAAGAUGAAAUGAACACUGAAAGGGAUUUUAUGGAGAAACCAGCUACCAUUCAGGAUAUAUUAGGAGAAACCCCAAUUAGCAAUAAUAUUUCCCAAAACAACCAAAAAGAAGCACACGAAUGUCCGUGUUGUAAAAAUUCUAGUCGACUUUGUAAUGCUGUGAAAUGUGCUACACCAAAGAUAUUUUUUGAUGAUGGAGUUAGAUCGGUAGAUUUCGUUUUAGUAUGGGAUUCCUCGGACCAUCACGCUACUAUGGAAGAGUCAUAUGAUAAAAGGCAGACGUUUGAGAGAAAUUUACGAAAAGAGGGAUUGGAGCUCGAGCAUGCGCAUCCAGAACAAAAUGGUUUAAACUUUGUAAAGAUCCAUGUACAAAAAGAAGUACUACGCCGAUAUAGUGAAAUUUUAAAACUAAGAAUGCCAAUGAAAGAAAUUCCCGCACUUCGACAAAUUUCAAGGCAAACGAAUUUUCUUAUAGAAGGAAUCACCGACCAGUGGGAUAAGCUAAAAACCUGGGUAUUUGUAGAUGAAAGUACAUUUCCCAAUAAAGCACAUCGAUUCACUGCCAUUUACAGCAGAGAUAAAGAAUACUUAUUUGAUGUGAAUUCGCCCUAUUUCUUUACUCCAGCGAUACGUUCGAGAAUUGUUCAGUUUAUAUUAGAUAGAAAGAGAUAUAGUGAUAAUAACAAUGAUUUUGACUUUGGUCUGGAAAGACUGUUAAACGAUAGAGUUUAUUCAGCGGGAUAUCCGUUACAUGAUGGUGACUUGAAACAUUCUGAUUCGGCAAGAAGUUUGUUAUACACAGAAUGGGCAGCUUUAAGAAGAUGGUACAGAUACCAACCAUUGGAUUACGUAAAAGAGUAUUUUGGUGUCAAAAUAGGGUUUUACUUUGCUUGGUUGGGAUUUUAUACACACAUGUUAAUUCCUGCCGCCAUUGUUGGUUUACUCUGUUUUUUAUACUCCUGCGCAACAUUGUAUAAUAACAUACCAACUGAAGAUAUUUGUCACGAAAAAAUUAAAGAAAAAAUGUGUCCUCAAUGUGAUGUAUGGUGUGAUUAUUGGAAUAUAUCCGAAUCGUGUGUCCAUUCAAGAAUUACAUAUCUAUUUGACAAUCCGACAACUGUAUUUUUUGCAAUAUUUAUGUCAGUUUGGGCGACUUUAUUUUUGGAAAUGUGGAAAAGAUAUUCGGCAGAAAUAACCCAUAGAUGGGACGUCUCUGGUUUUGAUAUACAGGAAGAACAUCCACGACCUCAGUAUUUAGCGCGCUUAGCUCAUGUUAAACAAAAGGAAGUUAAUGUCGUUACAAAUACAAUGGAACCGCGUGUACCGUUUUGGAAAUUAAGGGUCCCCAUGACGAUAUUGAGCUUCUCUGUCGUUCUACUUUUAAUUACACUGGCGUUAGCAACUGUUGUGGCUGUGGUUAUGUACCGAAUGUCCGUUUUGGUAUCGUUAAAAGCAUUUAAUCCAUCGUCAACGGUAGUUGUGGACAACAGCUCAGCUAUGUUAUUUACGACAUGCACGGCAGCAUGUAUCAAUUUAGUUUUUAUUUUUAUUUUUAAUUAUAUAUAUUCCUACAUUGCGGAGUACUUAACAGAGUUUGAAUUACUCAGAACACAGACUGAAUUCGAUGAUUCUAUAACGCUUAAAAUAUAUUUACUCCAAUUUGUUAAUUAUUACGCUUCCAUUUUUUACAUCGCCUUUUUUAAAGGUAAAUUUGUUGGGUACCCGAAGGAAUACAAUACUAUUUAUGGUUACCGACAGGAAGAGUGUGGUACUGGAGGGUGCCUGACUGAACUCUGUAUUCAACUCGCAAUUAUCAUGGUUGGUAAGCAAGCCAUGAAUACCAUUUUAGAAAUGCUCUUCCCCUUAUUCUAUAAAUGGUUAAAUACUCUGAAGGUGAAAACUGGUUUAACAAAGGAACAACAAUCUUGCAAACACUGUAGACCGCAAUGGGUGAAAGAUUACAAGCUAGUUACGUGGGGGCCAAGAGGUCUAUUUCCUGAAUACUUAGAAAUGGUGCUUCAGUAUGGAUUUGUAACCAUAUUUGUGGCAGCAUUUCCAUUAGCACCGUUUUUUGCUCUAUUGAAUAAUGUUCUCGAGAUGAGACUAGAUGCUAAAAAACUAUUGACGUUUUAUAGAAGGCCUGUAUCACAAAGAGUACGUGAUAUUGGAGUCUGGUAUAGAAUAUUGGAUUCAAUAGGAAAGUUAUCGGUAAUAACGAACGGAUUCAUUAUUGCGUUUACAUCCGAUUUCAUUCCUAGACUGGUAUAUUUGGGUACUCAUGAUAGUUUGGAAAACUAUCUGAAUAGUACACUUGCAUAUUUUAAUACGAGCGAUUUCAACGAAAGCUCAAGGCCUAAAAACUGGGAGACAGAAUCAGUUUGUCGAUAUUUAGAUUACAGAGAGGCGCCAGGAACACCAAACGAGUACAAUCGAACAACUUUAUUUUACCAAAUAUUAGCAGCUAGAUUAUUUUUUGUCCUUAUUUUCGAAAAUUUGGUUGUGAUCGUUCUUAUCAUCGUUAAAUGGUUAAUACCAGAUAUACCAGCUGAUCUCAAGGAUAGAAUAAGACGAGAAGCAUACAUCACAAAUGAGAUAAUAAUCAAACAGGAGACCAGAAGGGCUCAAUGUGGCAUUGUUUGUCAAUCAAUAGAAGCUCUAAAAAUAGAUACUUACAGCAGAGAUUAUCUGGAAAGUAAUAAACAAAAAUCUCUUACCCCCUAGUCAUUUUUUUUAUGACUAAAAAUAUAUGAUAAUCGCUAGGAUCUAAAUCUUAUGGAUACGGCAAAUGAAGACUAAUAUAAUAAAUUCAUAAAUGUUGGUCCUUUCUAACGCAGGCUAAUGGACAAGAACGUUAUCUUGAGGACAAGCGUUUCCGUUUUUACUAAAUUAGUUUUUUUUUAUUUUAUCGUCUAAAUUAUUCCAAUAAAAUGAUUAAUACUCU